UUCCUUCAUAACUUCGUCGUCUAUUUUGGUCCAAUUUAUUUCACUGUAUACUCUUUUAACAUUUUCUAUAGGCUCGGCCUAAAAUUUUACUUCUGUGGAGUGAGGUUUUGAAUUUAUCUGCUCGACUCAACGGAAUGAUUAUCGUUGGAUUUGGAUGUGUAGGAUCGGAACCCUCACAUCCAAAUACAGCCCGUGAAAGAACCCCAAGCAGUUGCUUUUUCUCUGCAACAAUUCCCCCAACUACAGCUCCCUUCGUCCUCUCCUCAUCAAUUUCCUCUACCUGACCAUUAUCUUCUUCAUCCUCAUCAUCAGAAAUCUCCUCUCAGUGGUCUUUUCAAUCCCAGUGGGUAAGAAAAUACAGGAGAUCUAAGGUCCCGGUUCCGCUUCGUAGUAUCCACACGACACGCGACCAGUUUGAAAGCGAGAAACAUAGAAGCCUGAAUUCUCGCGGAAAGCUCUAUGGCGGACUCCGCAGGGACGACACUGAUGGAUCUAAUCACGGCGGACCCGACCCCAGCGCCGGGUUCGCAAUCGUCAACGUCUGCAUCUGGAGCAAUGCCUCCUCCACCGCCUCCCUCGGCUCUCGGCAAACCCGUUCACACUGAGCGGAAGUCGAAGAGAACCACUCUGAUGCAGAUCCAGGCCGACACCGUGUCUGCUGCCAAAGCUGCUUUGCAUCCUGUUCGGACCAACAUCAUCCCCCAGAGGCAGAAGAAAAAGCCGGUUUCAUACUCACAACUUGCAAGGAGCAUUCAUGAACUAGCUGCUACAUCAGACCAAAAAAGUUCCCAGAAGCAGCUAGUGCAUCAUGUGUUUCCAAAACUUGCCGUUUACAACUCGGUUGACCCUUCAUUGGCACCUUCUCUUCUCAUGCUUAAUCAGCAGUGUGAAGAUAGGACUGUUCUGCGAUAUGUCUAUUAUUACCUAGCCAGAAUUUUGUCAGAUACCAGUGCACAAGGUUUAAGUUCUGGUGGUGGGAUCCCCACACCAAACUGGGAUGCUCUUGCUGACAUUGAUGCUGUGGGAGGGGUUACUCGAGCUGAUGUUGUGCCUCGAAUUGUAAAUCAACUCACUGCGGAGGCCUUAAAUGCUGAUGUUGAAUUUCAUGCACGAAGAUUGCAAGCUUUGAAGGCUCUGACAUAUGCUCCAUCAAGCAACUCAGAAAUUUUGUCUACAUUGUAUGAUAUUGUAUUUGGCAUUCUCGAUAAGGUCGCUGAUGCACCACAAAAACGUAAGAAAGGUGUGUUUGGGAACAAAGGAGGUGAUAAGGAGUCCAUUAUACGGAGUAAUUUGCAAUAUGCGGCUCUAAGUGCUUUGAGAAGACUUCCUCUAGAUCCAGGAAAUCCAGCAUUUCUUCAUCGGGCUGUGCAGGGGGUUUCUUUUGCUGAUCCUGUUGCUGUAAGGCAUGCUUUGGAAAUUCUCUCCGAAUUAGCUACAAAAGACCCUUAUGCAGUUGCAAUGGCCUUAGGGAAGCUUGUACAACAUGGAGGGGCUUUGCAAGAUGUUCUCCAUUUGCAUGAUGUUCUUGCUAGAGUUGCACUUGCCCGGUUGUGCUAUACAAUAUCUAGAGCUCGGGCACUAGAUGAAAGACCUGACAUUAGAUCUCAGUUCAACUCGGUGCUCUAUCAACUUCUCCUUGAUCCUAGUGAAAGAGUCUGUUUUGAGGCAAUCUUAUGUGUAUUGGGAAAAUUUGAUAACGCAGAGCGGACUGAAGAACGAGCUGCUGGGUGGUACCGUUUAACCAGAGAGAUUCUCAAGUUGCCAGAGGCACCAUCUAUAUCAUCGAAAGAAUCCAAUACUGGGUCAAAAGAUGGGCUUCCUCCAAAGGCAACGAAAGAUAAAUCUCAAAAGACAAGGCGACCACAACCCCUGAUCAAACUUGUAAUGAGAAGGUUGGAGAGUUCUUUCCGAAAUUUCUCUAGGCCGGUACUUCAUUCAGCAGCACGAGUUGUGCAAGAGAUGGGGAAAAGUCGGGCUGCAGCAUUUGCCUUAGGCAUACAAGACAUUGAUGAAGGAGCUCAUGUCAACACAUUCUCAGAGACUGCUGAUUCACUCGAUACAGAUGGCUAUGAAAACUCACAUUCUGAAGGAGUCCGAAGAACUGCUUCUAUGUCUAAUGGAGCAGGUGGCAAAGAUACAGUUGCGAGCUUAUUAGCUUCAUUAAUGGAAGUGGUGCGGACAACUGUGGCAUGUGAAUGUGUUUUUGUUCGAGCAAUGGUAAUUAAGGCUUUGAUCUGGAUGCAAAGUCCACAUGAAUCACUUGACGAACUAAAGUCCAUUAUUGCAUCAGAGCUUUCUGAUCCAGCUUGGCCAGCAGCACUAUUGAAUGAUGUCUUGCUCACAUUGCAUGCUCGUUUCAAGGCAACUCCAGAUAUGGCUGUGACUCUCCUUGAAAUUGCAAGAAUUUUUGCUACUAAAGUUCCUGGGAAGAUUGAUGCUGAUGUAUUACAACUACUAUGGAAAACGUGCCUUGUCGGAGCUGGUCCUGAUGGGAAACACACAGCUCUGGAAGCAGUCACAAUAGUUCUUGAUCUACCACCACCACAACCUGGUUCAAUGUUAGGACUUACAUCAAUUGAUAGGGUAUCAGCAUCUGAUCCAAAGUCAGCUUUGGCAUUACAGAGAUUAGUCCAGGCAGCUGUAUGGUUCCUUGGUGAAAAUGCCAAUUAUGCUGCUUCUGAAUAUGCUUGGGAGUCUGCAACUCCUCCUGGUACUGCAUUGAUGAUGUUAGAUGCAGAUAAAAUGGUUGCUGCAGCAAGUUCUCGUAACCCUACUCUGGCUAGUGCAAUGACUCGACUCCAAAGGUGUGCUUUCAGUGGCAGCUGGGAGGUUCGUAUCGUUGCUGCUCAAGCUCUUACGACCCUGGCAAUCAGGUCUGGUGAGCCUUUUAGGCUACAAAUCUUUGAAUUCUUACAGGCUUUAGCACAGGGUGGUGUGCAGUCCCAACUUUCAGAUGUGCAUGUAAGUAAUGGGGAAGAUCAAGGGGCCAGUGGUACAGGAAUUGGUGUUCUGAUAAGUCCCAUGUUAAAGGUUCUUGAUGAAAUGUAUGGAGCACAGGAUGAGCUGAUCAAGGACAUACGCAACCAUGAUAACAUGAAAAAAGAAUGGACAGAUGAGGAACUUAAGAAACUGUAUGAAACCCAUGAGAGGUUGCUAGAUCUUGUUUCACUGUUUUGUUAUGUUCCAAGAGCAAAGUAUCUACCUUUGGGGCCUAUAAGUGCAAAACUUAUCGACAUUUAUCGCACACGCCACAAUAUAAGUGCAACAAGUGGUUUGAGUGAUCCAGCUGUCGCUACAGGAAUUUCUGACCUUGUUUAUGAAUCUAAACCAGCCUCCGCUGAGCCUGAUGCACUUGAUGAUGAUCUAGUAAAUGCUUGGGCAGCAAACCUUGGUGAUGAUGGCCUGUGGGGUAAAAAUGCACCAGCAAUGAAUAGAGUCAAUGAAUUUCUUGCUGGUGCUGGAACUGACGCUCCAGAUGUUGAGGAGGAGAACAUCAUAUCCAGACCUUCGGUUAGUUAUGAUGAUUUGUGGGCCAAAACACUCUUAGAGACAUCGGAAAUGGAGGAAGAUGAUGCCAGGUCAUCAGGGACAUCUUCCCCAGAGUCAACGGGAUCAGUUGAAACUUCUAUAUCAUCCCACUUUGGUGGAAUGAACUAUCCAUCUUUGUUCAGUUCACGACCGUCUGGCUAUGGGACUUCACAAUCCUCAGAGAGGCCAGCAGCAAGCAGGUUUAGCAAUUCAUCCACGGGUGGUCCUUCCUCCAUGUACGAGGGUUUAGGUUCUCCGAUCAGAGAAGAGCCUCCACCAUACACAUCACCUUCUAGGCAACGAUACGAGUCAUUUGAGAACCCCUUAGCUGGCGGUGGGUCCCAGAGUUUUGGCUCCCUAGAUGAGGAGCGGGUCUCGUCUGGAAAUCCCCAAUUUGGAACGGCACUAUAUGACUUCACUGCUGGUGGAGAUGAUGAGUUAAAUUUGACAGCAGGAGAAGAGGUUGAGAUCGAUUAUGAAGUUGAUGGCUGGUUUUAUGUAAAGAAGAAACGUCCUGGGAGGGAUGGGAAGAUGGCGGGGCUGGUCCCCGUCCUCUAUGUCAGUCAAUCCUGAUAUUAGCAACAUAUCUCCCAAGAAAGUCCAAGUCACCGUGCCUGAUUUUGCAUGGAUAUGAUGCGCUUAUAUCUGAUCCUGAAGUGUGUUGGGAGGGGCUUCAUUGGCUAUUCAUCUUAUUAUUCGUUUCCUAGUCUUAUCAAAGAUAACAGUUGAAGGAGAUGUUUCAUUUGGCCACACUUGGGUAUCUUGAUCAUCCACAUUCUUUUGGAGCUGAGGGAUUUACAUAGAAGAUUCUGCCACUGCUUCCAUCUUUCAGUUUUUGAUCUUAUUUCUACCUUAUAUAUUAAAAAAAAUAAAAAUUCCAAGUUCAUUUGGUUGCCUUUCUAACUCACUUUUUUGUUGUGUGCUUAUUGUAAUUACGGGAGGACCCAAUCCUUUUUGAGUGAGGACCAAACUAACUACAUUCGUUUUGCUUGUAAAUUUUGUUUCAUUACUUGCUACUGCGUGGCCAUUAAAUAUAGGAGAUGAUAUAUACAUUUCUUUUCUUUUUAUUGUUAUCCAUUUGAAGCUGAGGAAAUAUCUUUUUCUUUC